UAAGUGACGAGGAAGAAGAAGUUGCUGUAUUUACAUUCGUGUAGCUUUAGCAGUGACUAGAGAAUCCUCCCCGGAGCAUGAAGUCAUAGGUGGGGAAUUAGAUUAUAAAAACUAAUUAUACGACUCGUUCUAUUUAUAACACUAGCUAAUAUACGCGAAUUGCACUUUAAUCCAGAUUGUUUACUCAUGUUAUGGGUCCUCGUUAAUGUUUUAUAGGUAAUUUUCUUUCUAGUUAGAUAGUUUGGAGAAAAUGUCGAAAGCCGGGGCAGAGGCUGGAGCUGAGGCUGAUCCGGGGUCAGUUGUCUCGGAUCCACAGCAUUCCCAGAAGCUUUUAAGAUCCCUGCGAUCCUUCAGAGAAGAUGCCAGCUUUCAGGACGCUGUUUUGGUCCUGGACGGAGAAGAAAUCCCUGUGCAGAAAAAUAUCCUGGCAGCCGCAAGUCCAUAUAUCAGGACCAAGCUAAAUUACAACCCACCCAAAGAGGAUGGCUCCACAUACAGAAUCGAGCUGCAGGGCAUCUCUAUGCCCAUCAUGAAGCAGAUCCUGGACUACAUAUUCAGUGGAGAGAUCUCUCUGAGUGAGGACACGAUCCAGGACGUGGUGCAGGCUGCUGACAUGCUGCUCCUCACGGACCUCAAGUCAUUGUGCUGCCAGUUCCUGGAGAGCUGCAUCACGGCGGACAACUGCAUUGGCAUCCGGCUCUUCUCCCUGCACUACUGCCUGCACCACGUGCACCACGUGGCCACCGAGUACCUGCAGACGCACUUCAGGGACGUGGUGGACACGGAGGAGUUCCGCGAGCUGCCGCCCGAGCGUCUGUGUGAGGUGUUAGCCAUGGAGAAACUCAACGUGGGUAAUGAGAAGUACGUGCUGGAGGCCGUGGUGCGCUGGCUCGGCCACGACAUCGAGGCCCGUCGGGUGCACAUGAAGGAGGUGAUGUCUGCAGUGUGGGUGCAGGGACUGGACCAGAGCUACCUGCAGGAGCAGAUGGUGGGAGACCCGCUCAUGAGGGAGGUGAUUGGCGAGUGCUGCAUGGAGUCAUUGAGAGGCGCAGCGCAGCAAGGAGAGGCACUGCUCGCUGCCUUCAAGCCCCGCGGCUACUCCGAGUGCAUCGUCGUUGCAGGGGGUGAGGACAGGGCCACUCGGAAACCAUCUGCAGUGACACGCUGCAUGUGUCCUCUUUAUGACAGGAACCGGCAGCUGUGGAUCGAUCUGCAGCCCAUGAAUGAGAGACGAAUUGGUCAUGGGGUGGUCACUGCCGAUGGCUGCCUUUUUGCGAUUGGGGGAAUGGAUGAAAACAAGACUGUGUUGAGUAGUGGAGAGAAAUACAACCCAGAGACUAACACCUGGACGCAUAUUCCACCAAUGAACCAGGCGAGGCAGCACUUCUGUAUUGCUGAGAUGGAUGGACUAAUCUAUGUGCUGGGUGGGGAGAAUGAGGACACUGAAGUCCUCCUCACAAUGGAAGUAUUUGACCCUCACCUUAAUAACUGGACAACCCAGACCAGCAUGACUACUGUCCGGAAGUUUGGUUGCUGUGCUACAAUGAAGAAGAAGCUCUAUGUCAUGGGAGGAGGGUCUUACGGGAAAAUUUAUGACUCUGUGGAAUGUUACGACCCCAAGACUCAGCAAUGGACUACUCUCUGCCCUCUAAAGGAGAGGAGGUUUGGCGCCGUGGCCUGUGGUGUAGGUCAGGAGCUCUAUGUGUUUGGAGGAGUGAGGAGCAGAGACGCAGACAACCCCGAGUCCAGUCAAAUGACUAUCUGCAAAUCUGAGUUCUUUCAUGAUGAGUUGAAAAGAUGGGUGCUGCUCGACGAUCAGAAUCUGUGCAUACACACCACAUCAUCAUUCGUAUAUGGUGCUGUUCCCAUUGGGGCUAGUAUAUAUGUGGUAGGAGAACUGGACACGGGCACCAGUUACGACUACGUGCGAGAGUUUCGGCGCAGUACAGGCACUUGGCACCCGACUCGCCCCCUCCUGCCUUCGGACCUGUGUAAGACCGGCUGUGCUCCUCUCCGCAUCGCUAACUGUAAGCUGUUCCGGCUGCAGCUGAAACAGGGCCUGUUCCGGAUCCGAGUGCCAUCCAUGUAACGUGCACAUCCACGCCCAUGUAAUCAUCUUCUCUCUGCUUGCUGAUUGGGUAAAUUAAAAAAAAAAAAAGCACACAUGGCGCUUGGGAAUCGCUGGAUUUUAGGCGAGGAUGCUUACUUGAGUGAGCUGUGUAGGGACAUUUUGUCCACUUUGUUUCAUGUCUUCUUAAAGGAAUGUGUCUUAUUUUCUUUACUUCUUUUUACUGUAAGGGAUUUGAAUGUCAUUUUGAUAUGUAGCAGUUUAGCUGCUUUUUUUUAGUGUUAAUACUGUGUUUUUAGAGUUGACCACAGGUUGUUGCUUCCUGCCUUUUGCCUUUUAAGCCAGCACUACUACAUAUGAUAGCUUUGACAAGUAGAUCACGAUGAGGAGGCAGAUUGACUGCGUUUUUUAUUUUUUUUAUUUUUAUUUUUUUUAUUUAAUAAUUUAUGAAUUGUCUUACACUUGGAUAUACUGUUGAUGGGAACAGCUUUUGACUGUCAGGAGAAGAAUGAUGGGAACAGUGGUGUAUUUUUAGCCCAUAUUAAACACAGCUUGAGAUAUAGAAAAUAUUAGCCCUCAUGUCAGUCUAGUAUGAAAAGUAUUUGGGAGAAAUGGAUGAAAGUGUGCAUAUUUAGCAGUGGAGAUUGUUUGUAUAGCAUUAUUAACUUCAUUAUUAACACUAUACCUCCUGGAGUUACUUCCAUGUAAUACACUACAGUAGGGCUUAGGCAUGCUACAUGUGUAUAACCGGUAGUAGGAACUGUAUUUCCUGUAUUGAUAAAAUCGUACUCAAGGAUUCUCACUCACGUAUAAGUCGCUGUGUGUUUUGAGGGUGACCUUUGAACUGGCUUUCCAGUCACUGCAGACCGUUUUGGCAUCCGGUGACCCCAUUUGUUGUGUGCGCGUCACAGCUGCUGCUGUCUAUUCUAAUCGGUACAGAUUGGCUUCUAGAGAAACUCGUAAGCACACACGACUGCCCAAUGAUAGAAACAACUCAUGUUAAGCAAACAUUUGUGAUAGCUUUGUUUUAGGUGUUCCUAAUAUAACGUUAUAUGAUCACACCUUCUACGUACACGACUAUUUUGUGAUUCAAGGCUGUUUCAUUGCACUAAAGAACUCGUAGCAUAAGACUAAAUGUUUUUUUAUGAUUAUUGGAAUGAGAUAGCGCUGAUAAAUUCUACAUGUUCAUCAUGCACUGGGUUAAAAAUCUGUGUAAGACGUAUAAUAUUCCUGUGUUUCAGGUAUGAACAAUGGCGUGGUGUUUUCAUGAUCAUGUAUUUGUUGACUCAGGUGUCUGUGAGCUGAGAGUCUAUCUGUGGCUUGUGUAACACUCCUGCAUCGUUUUCGAAGAAUUUAUUGCAAUUCUUCCCAGUCUCAUUGUGCAUACCUCUGUUUUUAACCUGACCCUCUCAUCUUCAUGCAAAACACAGCCAGAGACUUGAUAUGCAGAAGCUAUCUACAAGAUAGUACAUGCUAUACUUUAUCACUAUUUGGCUUGAUUAUUUAUAUGUUUUUCCUCCUCACUAUGCAUGAUCAGUGAUAACGUCCCUUCCCUCAUCUCCUGUUAAACAGCCUUGACCUUUGCUCUAAAAUUGUUAAAGCACGGUGUGAUGCUUCGGCAGUCAGUAGGGACGCCUCUCUGCAAGGGUUUGUGUAAUAAUGUAACACUAGAACGGCUGUAUGCACCUUUGACAACUUGGCUCACACCCAGCACUUAACCAUACAAUGUGUGCGUGCAUGUGCAAACAUAGGAUAACUAUCAAAACACACUACACAUUCCUUCAUGUGCCAUUGUUUACAGUACACGCUGGACCCUUCAGUUAAAAUGUGUGAAGAUCUAGUUACAGAAAAUUCCUUGCUUCCAAAUAAGCAACUAACGUGUCUGAACGGUGACGACUUUUACUUUUUAAUACCUGUCUGUUAUUGCUUAAUCAUAAAUGGUUUAUGCUUAUAAAUAAAACACCUCGAAGUAGGAGUGGGCCAUAUGAGAAAAAUACAUGAAGCCAUUUCUGAUGCAUAAUAUGUAUCACUAUAUAUAAAAAAAACUACCAUCAAAACAGUAGUGUUGUGUAAAAAAAAAAAAUAAUAAUAAGGAAAAAGAGAUUUUAUCUUAUGUCUUGAGUAAAUGAAUUACUUAAAACUGAGAAGGAGAAAAUAAAUAAAUUCUACAAUUUAUAUUUUAUAAUUUUAAAAUUAAGAUUUUUUAAAAUAAUAAUAAAAUUUUAUUUAAAAAAUGAAAUAAGACCGAAAGGUAGAAAGUCUUUGUAAUCUGUAAAAUUGUUAAUAUUUUACGAUUUUAAGCAUUUAAACCAGCAAAAAUUUUUAACACCAAAUCAGCUUCUUCUAAUCAGUUUGUAACUAGUACUAAAUAAUGUUAGAAAAAGAUAUCACAAUACCUACUGUUAAAUAAUUCAUCGUAUAUUGUUAUAUUGCCCAGCCCUACUUCAAAGCAUGUAUUGUUUUAUACUAGUAUGUCACGUUACUGCUUUUGACUAGCACCAUGGACUCUGAACAGAUGAGAUGCAUCUAUUCUGAAUUUGAUGCAGAAAGAAUAAGCCUGCAUUUCUUUGUCCAUUCAUCUUUCAAACUAAAAAGUAAAACAGAAUCUUUUAAUGUCGUCAGUAGCUAAUCAGACCAGAGAGGGUAAAUAAAUUGCAAAUCUAUGAAAAUCUGAAAAUCUCGUUCCUGUCUGAACUGCUGUCAGUAACUCGUCUCUGGUCCGAUGAGCUGCCUUAAGCUAAAUAAUUUUACAUAUACGCUAUAUGGCCAAAAGUUUGUGGACACCUGACCAUAUGUGCCAUGUGACCAUAUAUAUUGCACCAACAUGUGCUUUUUGAACAUGCCAUUCCAGAUUUAUAAGCUUUAUAAGAAGCUCCACUCUUCUGGGAAGGCUUUCCACUAGAUUUUGGAGCAUGGAUAUGGGAAUUUGUGUCCAUUCAGCCACAAGAGUAUUAGUGAGGUCAGGCACUGAUGUUGGGUGAGGAGGUCUGGGAUGCAGUCGACGUUCCAGUUCAUCCCAAAGGUGUUCAGUGGGGUUGAGGUCAGGGCUCUGUGCAGGUCACUCGAGUUCUUCCAGUCCAGCCUUGGCAAACCAUGUCUUCAUGGAGCUCACUUUGUGCACAGACGCAUUGUCGUGCUGGAACAGGUUUGGGCUAUUUAGUUCCAGUGAAGGGAAAUCUUAACACUACAGCAUAAAAAGACAUCCUAUGCAAUUGUGUGCUUCCAACUUUGUGGCAACAGUUUGGGGAAGAACCACAUAUGGGUGUGAGGGUCAGGUGACCACAAACUUGUGACCAUAUAGUGUAUGUGUGUUACAGGAUAAACCACAGCAGAGGAGCUGCUACAGAAGCCAAUAUGUUCAUACGUAUCAGUAUUUUUAGUACCGGUUCAGCCUAAAUACUUAGCUGCGUCUUCAUCUGUACCAUGGUCCACAAGUUAACAAUCCUGGUCUAAAGUAGGGGUGUAAACCUCAGGCUUUCAUUCAAUACGACACAAUUUCAAGUCAUAGAGCAGCGAUUCGAUAUUUGGCGAUGCCACUGAACCUGCUGCUAUAUGAUACAAUUCAUUUUAGUAGCCUCUGACAGAAUCUGGGGUAAGCCUACCGAUAAUUUGUGAAUGAUGGUGAUGUAGAGAAGGACUAUUUUUGCUAAUUAAUUUUAGUCAUUGCCUUUUAAAUCGGUUGGAUAAUUACACCCUUAGUCUAAAGUCAGAGGUGGAUUCUCACACAGUACCUACACAGGCACCCCGAGGAUGAGUUUGCACAUCAGUCGAUAUUAACCAGAGUGUACUGAAAAAUUCCAUCUUUACUCAUCUCAUCUUGGUUGAUGAUGUUCAUUGGGCAGGUGGUAAAUGAGUAGGUACUAUUGUAUUAUUACUUUUAUUUUGACACAAAUAUUAAUAAAGUGACCACCAAACAAAGCUGUAUGUCAUUAGAAAAUAUUCUCUCAUACAGAUUGAGUCAUUUGUUGUGAAAAGACUGCAUAUGAGUGUUUGCAUGUCGUGUGUGUGUGUACUACAGAAACGGUUGGGAUUAACACAACAGGUUUACAGAAGAUGGUGGCAUUAAUCAUUAAAACCAAAUUGCUCUCAUGGUGAGAGUUAAUUUAACAGGAGUUCUUGUGACUUGGGACAGUGAUGAAGCUCAGAUUGGGGCAAUCUGGCCUCUAGUGCCCUACAUUAGGAGCUUGGGAAUUAUCCUCUACGGCCCAAAGCCGUCUGGGUGAAACACAGAGCAGACCGGACAUGUCUACGUGUCUAUACUCUGAUGUGAAUGCUAACCCAUCUGACCUGUAAAUGAAUUUCAUAGGUGAGGUCAAAGGAGUUUGGGGCUAUUUGAACAAAACCAUGGGUUAAAGCAUAUGCAAACUGGACAAAAAUGUCAUCCGAAAUGCUUGAUAUUGUUUUGUUUGUUGUGUUUUGUUUUAUUUAAUGUGUGCCAAUUUGUCUUCCUGUUCUUCUUCUUAUAAUAGUGAUAAUCAUAUAUGUAUAUACAAUAAUAUCCUAUACAGAUCUGUUUACAGGGUAUAACAUUCCCUUACAAUUUUACCGUAAAUAUUGGCAUAAAUACAUCAUGUCAAGUUAGUUGAGUAAACCUGUAAAGAGCAUACACAGAAUAAAGGCACUGCCUGCUUAUACACAGUC